GAGAAAAUUAUACAAUUUAAAUAGCUUUACGUGAAACGUACGUACAUUACGUAUAGUAAUAAAGUAUUUAAUUACUGUUAUAUUUUACAAUAAGGAUGUCUCCUAUAUUGAAAUAAAUUAUUUCACAGCAUGCACGAAAUAAAACACUAAAUAAUUAUACGCAAAACAUAGAUCGCAGGUAUUUUUAAACAAAAUUUCUAUUUAAAAAUUCGGAUAGAAAUAAAAAGUAGGUGAGUUGACCUAGACGUCACUAUACUUUUUCAUAUAGAGACCGUGCGCGUUGGAGGGUCUGCCAUCUUGUGGCCUGAAUCGGAACCAAAAACAUUUACAUUUACACGUCACGUGUUUUCUUGUGCAUAGUAGGUUCUGCCAUCUUGUGGGCUACAUCGGAACAAUAAACAUCACAUUUACGCCUCGCGGCAAAUAUCUGAUGGCUCUUGUGCUGCCUCCUACACAGUUCAUGCACGCUCCCUCUAAAUUUUGUAACAGCAAAUCGUUUUGACCGUUCCUAAAAAAGAAACUGAUUUGACUAGUAGGAGAAUACUGGAGAAUACCUUUUUUUUUAAAACUUUAACGAGCCUGUUUUUAUGUGGCAACAUUAACUUAACUGAUUCACUUGCUUGUCUAUGUCUAUUUUUCGCUCUGUGUUCUGUGAUGUGAUGUGCGAUCAUUGACCGCUGAUUUUGCGUGAAAUAAUUGAACUUUCAUAACGUAAUGAGCGUUAACAAUUUCGACGAUGUGCAUCCUUUAUCCAGUGGCUUGGACGAAGUGGAUAGUCCUCGGAAACGUAUGCGUAUUGAAAGCCCAGCACGUAAAAGUUGGAGCUUAACGGACAGGAAAACUGAUCAGGAGGUGUUGCAAGAGAUGGGAGUCAGUUUUCUAGAUUCAGACGAAAAUGAGCAGCAGUGUGAAACAGAAACAGUGGGCAGUCCGCUCAAACCCAACCUAAAACGGAAGCAUGACAUAGAGAAUGUGAACCCAAAUGUGAACAGUAUCACUUCACCGCGCUCCAAGUUUAGCCCCCGGAGCCCCCGAGGCAAGAUAUGCAGCCCCAGCCCGGGGCCUUCUAAAGCCAAGAGCCCUAGGAGCUGUGAGAAAUCAAAACCCCUGCAACCAACAGACCUGGAAUCCACACUGCUCCAUGACUAUGUCAUCGAGGAAGAGACCCCAAUGGGCCAGUCGGUUGCUGUGGCUCCGCGGUACCUGCCCGCGUCUCCGGGGCAGUCCCCGCUGUCCAUAUACACGGAGGACACCAAGGAUGUCCAGGACAGGGAUAUACAUAAGGAUAAUUGCCAGUCACCCAUAGCAGAACUGCAGCUGGCUAACUACCAAACCGGGGUGGAUUCAUUCUCAGUAUUAUCAGACGAGAUGAUGCUGAGUGUCUUCCGGUGGUUACCGAAGCGGACCCUGGCUCAUUGCAUGCUGGUCUGCAAAAGGUGGCAUCGAGUAGCGUGUGAUGAGACGCUGUGGCAGAGACUGGACCUCGGCAACAAGACUCUUAAUAAGAACGCUUUAGGAAGGAUAUUAGGGCGUCUACCCGUCAUAGUUCGCCUCGCGAGUUCAGAGAUUUCAGAAUGGCACCCCUCGUCACCGCCGGAGCAGUCCCGGGUGCAGUACCUGGACCUCAGCAUGAGCACCGUGGACCCGCGCACCCUGGACUGCCUCCUGGAGCGCUGCGGCGGCGUCAAGAAACUCAGCCUCGAGAGUAUUCAAGUGCGGGACAGCACCUGUCAACUUAUUGGUAAAUGUAGUAAUUUAGAAACGUUGAAUCUGACGAUGGCACAGGGGGUCACCGCCGAAGGACUGACCGCGAUACUAGAAGGCUGUGUUAGUUUACAAUCAUUGAACAUAUCAUGGUGCAACCUGAGCGAAGCGGCGCUUACGGUCCUGGUGUCAAAUCUGCCGGAAAAACUGCAACGGCUGAACCUCGGCGGUGCGAGGAUCAUGACAGAUGACAUGGUGGCUACUUUAUGCUCUCGAGGCUCCCGGCUGCUGGAGCUGGACCUGUCGGACUGCUCGCGGCUGGGCGCGCGCGCGGUGGCCGCGGUGGCUUGUCUGCCGCGGCUGGAACACCUCGCUCUGAGCCGGUGCUAUUUGCUGCCUCCACAUGUGCUCACAAAGCUGAGCAGCAUGCCGUCGCUGCAGUACCUGGAGGUGUGGGGGAUGCUGCAGACGGCGUCUCUGAGCGCCCUGCGCGCCGCGCUGCCCGCCAUACAGGUCAACCAGUUCAUGUUCAGUGCGAUAGCGCGGCCGACGGUUGGCGCCAGAAGAACAUCUAUUUGGGGCCUACGGACCAGAGACUGACUUACACAUAUCGAAUAUUUUUUUAUUAAACUCUUCCAACCUUAGAAUAAUAAAGGGCUAUUACACGAGAUGUCGCUUACGAAAUGCCUUAGGUGGCAAACUACCAUCAGGGGCUCCCAGGCCAAAUUCGCUGUUUUUACGUCGCUAUAGCAUGCUUGAACGUUGUACAAACAAUAAAGUUCUGUACGGAAUAAUUAGGUCUACUGAUAUUUCAAAAACCAUACCGUAUACCAGUAUAUAAUUUUUCCGUAUAAACUCCCUUGUUAUGCAACAGUUAGAUAUGAAACUUUUCCUACUCCUCUACUGUUAUCUGUCAUUUAUGCAUUCAUUAACACGAAUAUAAGAACAUACAUAAAAGAUUUCAAGAAAAGUCUAUAUUGUCUAUUCCUCAUAAAAGCUCUUGUGCUUUUAUAAGCUAUAAUGUUACUGCGAUUAAUGGCUACCAACCUAACAAAACCAAAACGAAUACAGUUUUAAACUAAGUGCAUUGAUGCCAACUUACAAAAUAUUCAUUUGGUUGCAUAGUAAAAAUAAUUACUUCAUAAGUCAGAAACACGCAUGUGACACCCGUAAUAUAGCAACACCCAUAGACUACGAAGACCGCUUAGCGUUGCUUGUUAGUCUCCGUAAGCUACGGUGGCCAAAAUUGAGAAAAAACUGUCCAAAAAAUAAAUUUAGCAAGUAGCAAGUACCAGGGCCUCAUGAGUU